GUGUCUCCCUCUGGAACAAGCUGCCAGGGCAGGGCUUGGAGCCAUCAGGCUGCCAGCCGGCAUGGCGAGCCCGGGCACGAGCGAGCCCGAGUGCUCCCUGUACGAGGAGCUUCCCGAUGAGAGGAUGGAGCACAACCGGAGGCUGGCCGUGGAGGAGCUGCUCGCCACGGAGGCCAGCUACGUUCACAACCUGCAGCUGUGCAUGUGGGACAUCCGGGCGCACCUCCAGCAGAAGCAGCUGCCUGAUCUUGACCUGGAAGGACUCUUCUCAAACACCGACGACAUCCUCCAUGUCUCCAGAAGGUUCCUGGAAGGUCUUAAGGCCACAGCUGACCAGGAGUCCGAGCAGCUGCUCUUCAUCUGUGCUCUGUUCCAAGAGUUCAAGGAGGAGAUGCAGACCGUCUAUAAGAUCUACUGCGCUAGCUAUGAGCAUGCCCUGAUGCUGGUGGAAAGCUACCGGAAGGAUCCACGGCUGCAGGAAGAGAUUUUGGACACCCUCCACACAACAGUGCCUCACACAGGGGCUUCAGACCUCAGCUUCUUCCUGGUGAUGCCGGUCCAGCGGGUCACCAAGUACCCGCUGCUGCUGCAGAAGAUCCUGGAGAACACCCCCGCCAGCGCCAGCGCCUACCCAGCGCUGCGGAGCGCGCUCAGCGCCAUGGCCGAGGUCAACGCCAACAUCAACGAGUACAAGCGGCGCAAAGACGUGGCAACCAAGUACAACAAGGCGGAGCACCUGACACUGCGGGACCGCUUGGCUCGCCUCAACACGCACUCCAUCGCCAAGAAGACCACGCGCCUGAGCCGGCUCUUCAUGCACGAGACCGGCAUUGCGGCCAAGACAGAGGACAAGGAAUACGAUGACCUAGAAGAGAAGUUCCAGUGUGUGGCAUCCAGCAUAACUGCACUGAAGGAGAACAUGGGGUCCUAUGUGAAACAUUUAGAGGCGCUCAUGUUGUCCACCCCACACAAGCAUGAGCUGCAGAUGGACGAGGGGGUUGCCCAGCAGUACCGCCGCUUCGCAGAGUGUCUCCAUCGCAGCGUCCUCCCCGAGUUUAGGCAGCGUCUGGACAGGCUGGUGUGCCAGCCCCUCUCCAGCCUCUCAGACAUGCUGGUGGGGCCGCAGCAGCUGGUCAAGAAGCGCCUGGACAAGCUACUGGACUACGAGGAGAUCCAAGAGCGCAAGAGCGAGCUGGGCAACGUGACAUACGAUGAGGAGGCCGCCAUGAACACCUACCUGGCGAUCAACGCUCUGCUCGUGGCCGAACUGCCACGGUUCAACCAGGUGGCUGUGCAGCUGCUGGGGCAGAUCCUGGGCUCCUUCGCUGUCCUUCAGCGGGACUUGGCCGCACGGGUCCUGCAAGAGGCAGAAAAGGAGCUGGAGCAGAUGCCCCACAGCCACAUGCCUCUGCCCAGUUUCUGGAAGUUGAUGGAGGACACUGUGCAGCAGUCUGGAGCUCAGCUCCAUACCUUCUGCCAGAAGUUUGAGACGGUUACGCCAAGCCCUGUGUCACAGCCUCUGAAUCCUGCUGAGGAGAGGAAGGUCCUUUCCCUUGUGAGCAGACAUGGCCCAGAUAAACUUUACCAAGUGACAAGCAACAUCAGCGGCAGCAGGGAUUUGGACCUGACCUUGCAGAGGGGACAGAUCGUAGCUCUGCUGCAAAGCAUGGACACUAAGGGGAACACGAGCAGAUGGCUGGUGGAUGCUGGAGGUCCUCGGGGGUUUGUCCCUGCUGCAAAGCUCCAGCCCUACUGCCCAGUGCAAACCCAGCAGCCCAGGGUGCAGGUGCCAGCCCCGGAGUGCGGGACGGAGAGGAGGCGACAUUCCUAUGCGCCGCCUGAAGCUCCCAGGCCUCAGGUCUCCACGUUCGCACCAGCUUUCCAGGUGGUUGCAGGUUUCUCCUUCGCGGCCAGGAGUCCCCAGGAGGUCAGCGUGCAAGCGGGGCAGCCGGUGUUGGUGCUGGAACCACACGACAAGAAGGGCAGCAAGGAGUGGAGCCUGGUGGACGUCAACGGCCAGAAGGGCUACGUGCCGUCCAGCUACCUGGUGACGGUCCCUGUGGAGAAGCCCCUGGGCUGGAGCUUACCCGUGUGACCAACCCGGCUUCACGCUGGUCUCAAGAGAGAGCCAUCCGCUUGGCACCGACGCUGCGCGCCGUGGGAAGCGAUGGAGAGGGAGGCAGCGUGGGAGGGCCCUGGGCAGGGAAGGAGGUGGGAAGCCCUGGAGGACGUUGCCCAGGGUGCAAGGAGUGAGGUGAAGGGAUGUGUUUUGUGCUGGCACACGCAAGGCAGGGAGGUGCGAGGCCGUGGUGCCCCACACGUGCUUGCUUGCUGUGAGGCACGGCAAAGGGAAGGCUCGUGAGGAGAAGGCGGGUGGGCUGCUGGUUUUGCAGGGGUUUGCUGAAAUUCCUGUCAGGGAGGAAAGUGUCCCUGAGGCAAGGAGACAGAAGCUGCCCCAACUUAGAUCAAGGCCAAGGGGGUUGUUAGCCUGGCACUGAGUUGCUGGUGCAUCCAAAGGGGAAAUGGUGGCGUGAGUGCAGAGAGACAGGGACUCAGCUCCUUACGGGGACCGGGUGUCCGCGUGGCCACCACCCAUGAAGUGCCACUCCGGCCCCUUCGGCAGCAUUAUCCACGAUGCCUCAUGGGCCGAGACUCCCGAGGCUCCGGUUCCUCUCCUGGCGACCAUGUGCCGCCCCCGGCCUGCUUCCCGCUCCGCACAGCGAGGCUAACGCUGCUCAUGUCCUUGUCUGCAGUCUCGUGGCGCAGAUCGCUCUGUGUGUGACAUGGCCAUGGUAUUUACUGUGACUAAUGUGCUGGCAGUACAAUAUGUCUCUACACACACGGAUAACUCAAUGCUUCCGAGUUUGGGUCCCCGUUGCCACCGGGUCCUGGGGGUCUCACAAGUUCACUGCACAGCUGACGCUCCCCUGCCCCAACACAGCACUGCCGAAACGACAGCACUGAACCUUGCUUCUACGUGAUAAACACUAACAGGAAAAACAAACGAAAAUCCCAAAGAGUUGGGCACAUCCUCUUACCGUCAUUUUUUUUUCUCCAAGACAAUCCAUGACUUCUUUUUGUGGUGAGUUCAAGCAGCCUUCACCAAGUGGCUGGGCAUCACGGAUCAAGGCUUGGGAGUCAUGGGAUGUUGAUCGAGAUGUUUCUCCCUUUUCGCUCCUGAUUUCCUAAAGCUUGUUCUUCUGUCACGCUGCAAAAUUAUCCAUUUAAAAAUAAGCACAAGCCAGGAGGAAUGCAGGAAAGCAGCUAUGUUAACUCAAGUGCAUGACAGCAAUAUAAACUGUUCUUAAAGUUAAUCCAAGCAAUGGCAUUAAAAUUCAGGAACUGUACUGCAAGCAAAAAUAUUUUCAUAUACACAGAUUACAUUUCAUAGAAAGACAUAAUUUAAGGUAUUUAGAUCUUUCAGGCUCGAUAUCACUUAUGUGAUAUUCUUUGCAUUUCAAGAUCUUGGUUGAUCUUCUCACAUUACUCCCUUACUAUCCUUAUAGUGAAUAAAUACACACAAAGAUAACGUCCAACUCUCCUUAACGUGAAGAGCUAUAUAUUUUUAAGGAUAUUACAUAAUGUUGUAAAGGCAGCACCCAAACUUAUCCAAUAUAUAUCAAAUGCAACUUCUCACUUGCAUUAAAAUACUCGCUUGGCAAUCAUUUAAAAGGAGCAUUUAGAAUCAAUUUCUCUGUAAUCUU